AUUAUAACUUUAGUUAAAACCAGCGGUAGUGUUGACUCGAAUUAGAUAGCCGAUUUACUAUUUUGCAAUGUAAUUGUCGUAGGUUUGUUAUAUCUCCCGGGCUUAGAUUGAAUAAUUGACGUGUCCGUACGCGCAUGCGUCUUUAUUACGACCAGAAGUGAGCUACGACUGUUCGAAGUCUGACGAAGGUGUUUCUUUGGCACUCGCCGUCGGCACUCUCUAGUGAUCAGUGUUUAGUUAAAUAGUGCACUUUAUACGAUCGUGUGCAGUCGCCGGGCAUCAUAUUUUAGUCUAGAAACUACUCAAAACAGUUUAAAAGUUCCGUUGGCAUGGAACGGGAUUGGCUGAAAGAUGGUUCUUAUACAUCCCUCGAACAGUUAUUCAAAAAUAUGACAAUAUUGAAAAAAAAGAAUGCAAAAAGAGUAAUCCGGUUCAGAGGAAAAGCUCGGAGGAGAUUAGAACCUUUUCUUAAUCAGUAUGUAAAGAACACACACAAGGCUUUUGCAGAAGAGAGGACUUUUGACGAGGCGUUUAAGCAAUUCCCAGCAAUAAUGCCUACCGUCAACUCUGAAGAAACCGCUCUGUUGAGCCUGCUGCCAAUCGACAGUAUGGAUGACAUAGAGCUGAAGAACAUCCAACUCCAGUUUCCGAGCGUACGUCGCUUCAGCGACAGCUCCUGCCAAGAGCUGCGCGUCCAUACCGACCGCGGGGACAUCAUGGUGGCCGUGCAGGGCGACCGGUCCAAGCCCGCCAUCCUCACCUACCACGACAUCGGCUUGAACUAUACGAGCUUCCAGCCGUUCUUCAACUACGUGGACAUGCGCGCCCUUCUCGAGAACUUCUGCGUGUACCACGUGAACGCUCCGGGCCAGGAAGAAGGGGCCCCGACUCUGCCCGAAGAUUACGUAUACCCCACCAUGGAGGAACUGUCGAACCAGCUCAAUUACGUGAUGGUCCACUUCGCCAUCAAAAGUUUCAUCGGCUUCGGCGUAGGCGUAGGAGCGAACAUCCUUGCAAGAUUCGCUCUCAUCAAUCCUGAGAAAGUUGACGCUCUAGCCUUGAUCAACUGCUCGUCCACCCAAGCGGGCUGGAUCGAGUGGGCCUCGCACAAGAUGAACUCACGCGCGCUGCGUUCCCGCGGCAUGACGCCCGCCGUAAUCGACUACCUCAUGUGGUACCACUUCGGCAGGUGUCCCGAGGAGCGCAACCCGGACCUGGCUCAGAUGUACCGCACGUACUUCCGGCGGCACGUGAACCCCGGCAACCUGGCCAUGCUGGUGGAGAGCUACGCGCGGCGCAGCGACCUCGGCAUCGCACGCGACUCCGCCUCCAUCCGCGCGCCCGUGCUCAACCUCACGGCCGCGCUCUCGCCGCACGUCGACCAGACCGUCUCGUUCAACGCGCGCCUGCACCCAGCCAACUCCACCUGGAUGAAGAUAUCCGACUCCGCCAUGGUGCUGGAGGAGCAACCCGGCAAGAUCUCGGAAGCCUUCCGCCUGUUCCUGCAGGGUGAGGGCUACGCCGUGUUGGCUCUGCACAAACUAGCAUCGACCGUGAGUAGGCCCGCCUCGGUCGCCUCUAUCGCCUCUAUCUCAGCCACGGAAUAGCCGGUAUUUUGUUGUGAGCCUUGUAGACAAAUGGCGCCACUGUCGCCGACGAAGAUCGUCGCGUUCCGGCGACUGUCCGACGCGGGCCGGCGCCGCGCCUGCCGCCACUCGCCCGUCAUCCGCAUCACCGAGAAUCCCAUCUCCGAGGCGGUCGUCUGCUAAGCUGCCGCCCGACCUCCGCCACCGCCCCGCCCCGCCCCGCACCCGCACCCGCACCGCGCACCGCUCGGCUCGCGCGCGCUCACAACACGUUUCUUGCACAUCGUUUUGUUCGUUCAAGCGUUCGUUCGAAAGCGUUUAAUUUCCAAAUCUCAACAAGCAUAUCUGAUUUUCGUCAAUUAAUAAUUUUUGAUCGAUUUAUAUUUUGGAUUAAGGUUGAGUUUACUCGUUCGGAUUAGAUUUAGGCGACUCGCUUGCGGCUCGAGUAGCGAUACGUAUAGGAGCUUUAAUUAUUUAUUUUAAUUUAAUUUAGUUAAGUAGGAAUACCGCAUUCCCGUCGAAGUGUUAUGGAGGUCGGUAGAGGUGAACGGUAAGGUCCGCUGCUGGAACGUAUAAUUGUAAGUGUACAUAUGUCGGAGGGACAACAGCUUAGGUUAGGAAGGACGAGAGUGACGCCGGAGGGCCGGCAGGCAGUGGGCGAGCGGCUCGGGUCGACGCGCCGUUCUAUAUCACUACGGUAACUUUUGAGACCAUUUUACUACAAUCACGAUUAAUCUAUACAUUAACGUCGACUGCUCGUAUACGACAUACGGAGUGCGCAGGCGGACACGACGACUCUCGCGCCGCGGGCCGGCGUCUGUGUCUGUGCUGUGCUGUGUAAGACCAAGACAUUUUUGACGAUUCAUUGUUCGAAAUAUUGUUAUAGUUCGCAGAUUUUUUUACAAGUAAUAAUUUAUCAGGUGUCAGGAGCGCGUUUCGUGGUCCGAUGUUCAAUACCGAGGCCAGCGUCCGUCGGAUCAGCAUUCGUUAUUAGUGGAGCGUGUUUCCCGAGGCGGACACGUGUAGUUGUGCGCACUCGCUUCGAGCAACCGAGAGUGCGACUUAGUGGGAGCCGUUGGUUCCUCUCGUAGCUAUUCCGUAGCUAUUCCGUAGCUAUUCCGUAGCUAUUCCGUAGCUAGUCCGAGUAGUGUUAUCGCCGAGUGACGCGAAGCGACGCGCGUUCGCGAACUACUUUCCCGGCAAUUCUUGAAGCUUCGUAGAAGUACACUUAUAUAAAUAUUAUAAAUUAAUUUUUAGAAUCUCAAUUUCCUAAGCUGUUUUGUUUUUAUAUAUUAUGUUAACUUGUGUGACUUUAUUAUGAAUACAAUAAAAUGUGAUUUUAUAAU